ACAGCGGCCCAACAUGGCGGUGUUCCACGACGAGGUGGAGAUCGAGGAUUUCCAAUACGACGAGGACUCGGAGUCUUAUUUCUACCCCUGCCCGUGCGGAGAUAACUUCUGCAUCACCAAGGAAGAUUUGGAGAACGGGGAAGAUGUGGCGACAUGUCCUAGCUGCUCCCUCAUCAUCAAAGUGAUUUAUGACAAAGAUCAGUUCAUGUGUGGAGAAACCGUUCCAGCCCCUUCCACCAACAAAGAAUUGGUUAAAUGCUAAUGAAGACUGAGGAUUUCCAAAUCAUGGACAAUUAGAAAGAAGCACAGUUGUUAAAUGAAAGGCAGACUUACCAACACCCUUUUGGGGACAACCGUUCUGUGAGUUGCUGUUUCUACCAGUAUGGAUGCUCCACCAGCUGCCGUGUUGUCUAUUAAAGUAGUGGGGCUAUACAACAUGCUUGGAUUUCCUGUUAGAGCUCUGGUGCAGAAGUAUUCAUUGUUCUCGAUCAGAACUUUAAGGAAAUAAUUGCAAUUCAGUGCUUUCUUUCAAUCAUUUUUGCCAUUUUAUAUCUCACAGCUAACUACUUCAUUGUUUGACUAGCAUUAUCUACCUCAAAGUCAUUGAGAUUCUUAAUUAGAAAGGAAUAUUAUUUUUGGCUCAAGUACUAAGAAUAGUACUUGAAUUCGGUUGUUCUCAGCUCUGUAACUUCAGUUCUCAUUCCCAAACAUUCUCCUCACUUUUGAUAUUAGAAUGUUUAUGGUCUCUUUAGCUUGCUAUUUUCUUUAUACUUUACCAGUGGGCGUGGUAUUAAAGAGACAAUACUGAACUCAAUUUCUUUAGGAACAGAAGUUAGAAAGAAAAGUUGGACAAAUGACACACAAUUAAGGUCUCGCCUUGCACAGCUAGACUUUAAAAUAAAAAAAAAAUUUUUUUUUUUUU